AUGCCGAAAGUUACUGUAAGAAAAAUUCAUGCAGUUGCAAGGUGGAAGUGGGUCGGAUCAUCCAUAGACAGCGUGUGUGCUAUUUGCAAUAACGCCUUAGAAAACACCUGUACAAAUUGUAUUAGGCCAGGAAGUGGUUGCCCACCAGCUUUUGGAAAAUGUGGUCAUCAUUUUCAUUUACACUGUAUGGAAAAAUGGAUGAGACAAAAUAAAUUGACAUGCCCAUGUUGCAGAGCGGACUGGAAUUAUGAAACGCAAGAAUUAAAUUAA